AGACUUGCCAGAUACUUCACGGAUCUUGUGGGCAAACCCAUCACGUUUGAGGAAUUCCGUACCACUCAAGACCAUCUGCUCACUCCAUUAUGUCGACAUCUCCUUCAUGAUGUACAUCACCCUGCAUUGGUUGCAGCACUACUCGUUCUCAAAGGCCACUUUGUCACCCUCGAGGCCGACGAAGAGCAGGGCAUCCACGCUGCAAGAGGCUUUGCCUGCGAAGCUGUCGCUACAAGAUUCAUCAUUGGUCUAGCCGACAGGGAGAUAAUUGACUCGCUUCUGUACGAGCUAGAAAUUCCUGAUGCCUCGGAGCAUGGCAGUCAACCCCUUGAUGAAGCUCAACCCGAACCUCUGACGCCUGUCACCGAACAAUCACCACUGUUAUCGCGAUCAAGUCUACAAGCCUAUGAUGGAGCGGCUGAAGAAUCGUCCACUACGACCGAUACUGAGUUGGCCGAACAGUUUGACGGCCUCAAUGCUUUGGAAAUUGCAGCUGUUUCAGGAGCUAAAAAGUUCCUGUGUCAAAAGCAAGUUCAAAGGAUUAUCAAUGCAAUCUGGACUGGAGAUAUCAUGUUCUGGAACAAACUUAGCGCUGAUGCUCAGAAGAAGGCUCAAAUCUAUCAACGCAAGAACACCGAUCCUUUCUGUCGUCUACGCGUCCCACUCUAUCUCAAAGCCUUCGAGGUUCUGUUCUUUGCGGCGUUUUUGGCAUUUUAUUACGCUGUUCUCAUGCAGCGUUCGUUCUACUCGGUAACUACGGCUGAGGUCUUCCUCUACAUUUGGAUCGCAUCAUUUGCUCAUAAUGAAAUUGGAGAAUUCUGGGAUGCAGGUACUACAACGUUCUAUCUUGCUGACUUCUGGUCUCUCUGGGAUCUGUUCGUGAUAGGCGUUGGUGGCGCUUUCUUCAUCACUCGAAUGAUUGGACUACAUCAAGGAAACGACAAGAUCAUCGAUAUAUCAUUCGAUAUUCUUGCACUUGAGGGAUUGUUUCUGAUUCCAAGAAUGUGCUCUCCUCUGCUCUCUUUGAACCCUUACUUCGGCACCCUGCUCCCAUGUCUUACUGCCAUGACCAAGGACUUCCUAAAGUUCCUCUCGCUUGUGGCAAUCUUGUACUGUGGAUUCUUGUCGACAUUCUGCCUACUCGGCAGAGGUCAAUUCACCUCUCGACAGAUGGCACUCAUCCUUACUAAGGUUUUCUUUGGAAGCUCAUAUUUGGGAUUCGAUAUCAGCGACAAAAUUUCUCCAUACCUCGGAUUGCCCCUCAUGCUGGUAUUCAUAACGUUGACACAGAUUCUUCUGGUCACAUCACUCAUCUCAAUUCUGUCCAACAGUCUUUCCUUGGUCCUGUCACAUGCCAGAGAAGAAUAUCUCUAUGUCUACUCGGUGUUUGUGCUCGAGGCAUCGACAUCGGACAGGCUCACAUACUUCGUUCCUCCGCUGAACCUGUUUUCACUGGCUCUCAGACCUCUGAGACUAUUUAUCUCUGCUGAACAGUUGCGUUACAUUCGUAUUGUGGCGCUCAAGAUGACGCAUUUGCCUCUUGUAUUCCUCAUCAAUGUAUACGAGAAGAUGCAGUCCGUUCGUAGGAAGAACACGACUGGAUUCGGUCUGGGAUCGCCCCGAGGUAUCGAAAAGCCGCCUGGUUGGAGACGAUCUGUAUUGAACAAGAGAAUUGCACCACGAUACCCGCUGUCUGCGCCAAACUCGAGGCCCGACACGGGCCUAGACCAAUCACAGGACUCACCGAGCUCACAGUCUGCGGCCCCUGCAGUCGCCAUCAACGACAUAAAGGCAGUGCUCGAUCAGCUCACUUUUCAGAUAGGACAGCUCAAAGGCGUUAUCGAGGAGCAAGAGCGUCAGCUCCAAGCGAACAGUGACUAA